UUGGCAUCGACUCCCUCUGGUGAAAAGGGAGACGGCCAGGCUCAGACUCAGUCUCAGCCUGUCGGAGCUUCCUCUUCUUUCUCUGGGACACCUGCCCCUACUCUAAAUCUCGUGACGUGGGAUGGUCCCAAUGACCCUGAGAAUCCGAAAAACUGGCCUGCGAGUCGAAAAUGGAUGGUCUUCAUUCCUAUGUCCUUGUUCAAUCUCUUGAGCUCAAUGUCUUCGGCCACGGUAGCCCCGGCUCUGGAGGCAAUCGCCGAUGAUCUCAAGAUUCGUUCUCAAACACUGCUUAUCAUGAGUCUUUCUGUGUACCUGCUCGGCAGUGCAAUAGUCCCUCUUGUCAGUUCGCCUCUCUCCGAAAUGUACGGACGAGUCAUCAUCCUGUCCGCUUCGAACAUCCUCAUUGCAUAUCGAUUUCUGGCCGGAUUAGGGGGCGCUGGUCCUUUCGGAAUCGGCAGCGGCAUGAACAGUGACCUAUUCCCUCCACAGGACCGAUGGAAGGCCAUGGCAGUAUUCACCCUGGCUCCACUCAUAGGAACGGCUAUCGGCCCCAUCACCGGGGGAUUUCUUGUUCAAUACGAGUCCUGGCCGUGGUGUUUCUAUGUGGUCUCCAUCGCUGCCGCUGUUGUGCAGCUUGCCGCAUUUCUCCUACUUCGUGAGACAUACGGGCCUGUUCUAUUGCGAAGGAAAUGUGCUCGAAUGCGCAAGACAACAGGAAACCCUGACCUCUACACUGAAUACGACGGCAUGUCUUCUACCGCUUUGCUGCACAAGAACUUGAUUCGACCUUUCCGUUUGCUGGCCACGCAGCCUAUCAUCCAGGUACUGAGCCUGUAUCUGGCGUAUCUCAACGGAAUCUUAUACCUGAUGGUAGCUACGUUCCCGGAUGUCUGGACGACGAUCUAUCAUGAAUCCGAAUCGAUUGGAUCGCUGAACUAUCUUUCUCUCACAGUUGGAAUGACUAUCGCAAUGCAGCUGGGGACUCGGAUCGCCGGCCGCGUUUACCAACGACUGUGUGCUAAUAAUGGAGGGGUGGCUAGGCCUGAAUUUCGCUUGCCCAUUCUUUGUGCAGGAGCAUGCAUUGUCCCCAUCGGACUCUUCUGGUACGGUUGGAGUGCCCGGCAGAGCAUUCACUGGAUCAUGCCUAACAUCGGUGCCGCCAUUUACGCCGGCUCUACUGUUGUGCAGUUGAUUUGUCUUUUUGCCGCAAGUGCUAUGGCCGCCGUCAUGGUUCUACGAAGCCUACUGGGGUUUGCACUGCCCUUGGUAGCCCCCAGUCUAUAUACUACCCUCGGAUUUGCUUGGGGAAACAGUCUUCUCGCAUUCAUUGCAAUCUUCAUUGGAAUUCCUUCACCACUAUUCCUAUGGUUUUAUGGUGAACGAUUGCGUGAAAAGAGCACGUUUGCGAGGGAUACUUAA